UAUAUUUUAUACAUGUCAAUUCACUCCCUUCUAUAAAAUUAUAUAAAUCCAGAAUCAUCUCCACCCUACAGGUGUCCUAUUUUAACCGCCAUUAAAUCCCAAACCCUACAAAACCCACAAUUUUCCUGCUCGCCCAUUUCCCUUCAUAAAUACUCGCUAAAUAAAUAAAUCAGACCGUCCUCAAACCCUAUCAACUCAUAGCCGAUCAACGCGACAAAUGCUGAGGCUUGCGUCGAAGAGAUUGCUUGGGCAGGCGCCUCCACGGCCCGCUCAGAUCCUGUCGCGUUUCUACCACGAGAACGUGAUCGAUCACUUCAAUAACCCCCGUAACGUCGGUUCCUUCGACAAGAACGAUCCGACAGUGGGAACGGGGCUCGUCGGUGCUCCAGCUUGUGGGGAUGUCAUGAAGCUGCAGAUUAAGGUCGACGAGAAGACUGGAGAGAUUGUUGAUGCUCGCUUCAAGACUUUCGGCUGUGGCUCCGCGAUUGCCUCCUCUUCUGUAGCUACUGAAUGGGUCAAAGGGAAACAGAUGGAGGAAGUUUUAACCAUAAAAAAUACGGAGAUUGCAAAGCAUCUUUCUCUUCCACCAGUGAAGCUUCACUGCAGCAUGCUUGCCGAGGAUGCUAUCAAGGCAGCUGUAAAGGAUUACCAAACAAAACGUGCAAAAGUUAAUGGCACUCCUGAUGCUGCACCUGUUGAGCAAGCUGCUCAAGCUUGAAUAUGUUCAUGUGUAUACAAUGAUGAAAAUGUCUGUUCAACCCAAUAGCUAAUAUGUAGCUACAAUAAUGGAUUGCACCUGAUCUAACUGCAUCUGAGGCUAGGGUUCUAAUCCUGCCCAGGAAAGGGUCUCUUUUGAUACUGUUCUGCUGGUGUUUAGUGUGAAUGGAUGUCACAUAUGUAAAAUAUUUUCCUUUUGUUGCA